AUGCUGCUCCAGAACGGCAAGAUGAGCGACUUCUCCGUCUCUAGCUUGUGCAGGACCUCGCCCGAACCGCAGGACUCCAGCCCGACUUCCAGGGACGCCGUUGUGACUAACUGGAGGCUGGAUCCUGUACCGCCCGUACCGACUUCGGUCGUCCUACCUCCCGUCUUAUCUGCCGUGUCUCCAGGUGAGUCCAGUGUUAUCUAUCUAGCUAGAGAUAAGUGA